AUGGCAAAAAGUAAGAAACAAACCACAAAGUCUCAUGCCGCAGAGACGUCUCAAUCUUCCACAAACAAUAACAGCAGAUUUCAAUCUAGCUGGUUUACAGAGAGCAUGGGUCGUGAACAUCAUAAGCACUGUGCCGCAGCCCUUAAAACACUGAAGCAUCAUUCUUCGGCAGCACCGUUUCUUGAACCAGUCGAUUAUGUUAAAUACAACAUCCCAGACUACCCUGAUAUUAUCAAAAAUCCUAUGGAUCUUGGUACAGUUGAACAAAAGCUCAAUGAUUGUGCUUAUGAGAGUGUGAAUGCGUUUAUUUCAGAUGUACGAUUGGUAUUUUCCAACUGUACCAUCUAUAAUGGAGCUGGUCAUCAAUUUUCUACUUAUGCAAAAGAGUUAGACAAUUUAUUCACCCAGCAACUCAUGAAAAUGCCUGGUGUUAAAGAGGAGAUACCGCAAAAAUCUGUUGUAGAACCUUCUAGCAAAGGAACAAAAACAUGUAAACCUGUUGUAGAAUCACCUGCGGCAAAACCUGCAAUAUCUGAUGUCAAACGUCCUAAAAGGACUAUCAAGGCACCUGCAAAAGAUUUACCUGAUGUACCUGCUGCUCGUCGUAAAAAAAUUAAAAAGAACACUGAUGUCGCAUUUUGUCGUGAAGUUAUUAGGGAAUUACGAAAGCGAAUUCAUUGGCAUUACGCGUAUCCAUUUUAUGAACCAGUUGAUGCUGCAAAAUUAGGUGUUCCAGAUUAUUAUAAAAUCAUCACACGCCCGAUGGAUCUUUCUACUAUUAACACUAAACUGGAAAAUGAUCAUUAUGUAAACGCUGAUGAGUUUGAAGCAGAUAUUCGUCUCAUGUUUCAAAAUUGUUAUACUUAUAAUGGACCUGGGAGUGAUGUAUAUAAUAUGGGUAAAGAAUUGGAAAAAGUUUUUGACAAAAAGUGGGCAGAAAGACCAAAAGUUCAGGCCCGUCAAGAAUCAAGAGAAUCUGAGAGCGAAUCUGAAGCGGAUGAAAGUGAUCAUUUGAAGGCUUUGCAGAAACACUUGGCUGCUUUAUCAAGCCAAAUUUCUCAGAUGCGAAAACCAUCCACAAAAUCAAAGGCUAAAAAGGCAGCAAAGAGCACAAAGCCUAGUACAACUAAAAGUACUCCAGAUAAUCUGGUUGAAGAUGGAAAGAAAUCAUUAAAGCGUCCUCGAACUAUUAAUAAACGUGAAGAGCAAGAAGGGCUGACAUCAGAACAAAAAACAGAUCUUAGUGAAAGGAUCGAACUUCUCUCUACAGAAAAAAUGAACGAACUUAUCCGUUUAAUCGAAGAGAGUGGUGCACCUAUGGAGAGAGGAAGUGGUGGUUAUGAAAUAGAAAUUGAAGCACUUGAUUAUAAUACUGCCAAAAAGAUGUAUGAUUUUGUAUUGAGGCAUACAUCAAAAAAAGCCAAUUCGAAAAAAAGAAGGCCUCCUUCUAAAAAGCCUCGUACAAAUGCCAAUGAAAAAGAGCAAGAACAAAAAAUUCUAGCUUUAGAAAGAACCCUAGCUAAGUUUGAUCACAAAUCUCCAACGCCGUCUCCCCAAGCUAAAUAUGGAAGUCAUUACAGUUCGGACGACGAUUCUUCAGACAGUCAGAGUUCUGAUUCAUCUGGUUCAGAAUCGGAAGAUUCAGGUAGCGAGACUGAAAGUGAGGCACACAGUACAGAGAAUCCUAUUUUUCAAUAUAUUAGCGCAUUUAUUCUUCAAAAAAAAACUCGUCCUACGAAACGAAGAAAAACUACUGUUACAAAUCCAAAACCGAAGGGCAAAGCCAAGGCCCAGACUCAGAAUAUAUCUCCAACUUCCACACAAACUUUAUCUCAAAAUUCUCCAAGAACAGAACCUCCACCAUCCCCCCCUAAAGAGGAAAAACGGAUAAUUCCACAAGAAAUGAUCGACAACUAUGAACCAUGGGUUCUACCUACAGAACGAAAACUCACAUGGGAGCAAGUUUAUAGUGAGUUAUAUUAUGGACCUCUUCGAAAGGCCGACGAAGAAAGGCGUAGACGAGAGGAAGAACAAUUUAGGUUGGCUCGAGAAACUGCAGAAACUAUUAAAAGGCAACAAAAGCAACAAGAGAAAGAAGCUGAAGAUAAACGUCGUCGCGAAGUAGAGAUUCAAGAACUUCGCGCUGCUGCUAAAGCCAAAAGGCUUGAAGAGAAUACACCAUUUGAUUUUUAUGGCCCCCUUAACGAGAUGAAUGAAUUUUAUCGAACGCAUAGUCAAUAUAUCGACCGUGGGCAUAAGAAAAUUAGAGCGGAAUUUGGUCCACCGAUUCCUGAACUUCCUUAUACAGUAACCCAUAAUCCAACGCAUUUUAAUGUUGACCCACUUCAGACUCGUCUACUAAACAAAGCUCGAAAUCCACCUAAGAGUCAAGACAAAGAUCAAACACAAUCACUAUAUGUUUAUUCAAAAGUUUCAGAAUGCCAUAAAUCUACAUAA